ACAGGAUCACAUGUUGAAUGGUGUAAACAGCUUAUAGCUGCUACAAUUUCUAGUCAGAUUUCAGGUUCAGUGACAUCAGAAAAUGUAUCCCGAGAUUACAAGGCUCUAAGGGAUGGAAAUAAGCUGGCACAGAUGGAAGAAGCACCACUUUUUCCAGGAGAAUCGAUCAAGGCCAUUGUGAAAGAUGUCAUGUAUAUCUGCCCAUUUAUGGGAGCCGUGAGUGGAACACUGACAGUGACGGAUUUUAAGAUGUACUUCAAAAAUGUGGAGCGGGACCCGCAUUUCGUCCUUGAUGUUCCCCUGGGAGUGAUCAGCAGAGUUGAGAAGAUUGGAGCGCAGAGCCAUGGGGACAAUUCUUGUGGUAUAGAGAUCGUGUGCAAGGAUAUGAGGAACUUGCGACUUGCUUAUAAACAGGAAGAACAGAGUAAACUGGGGAUAUUUGAAAACCUCAGCAAACAUGCAUUUCCUCUUUCCAAUGGGCAGACACUCUUUGCAUUCAACUAUAAAGAAAAAUUUCCAAUUAAUGGAUGGAAAGUUUAUGAUCCAGUAGCUGAAUAUAAGAGACAGGGCUUGCCAAACGAGAGCUGGAAAAUAUCCAAAGUCAACAGUAAUUAUGAGCUCUGUGACACCUACCCUGCCAUCAUUGUUGUGCCAACUAGUGUAAAAGAUGAUGACCUUUCAAAAGUGGCAGCCUUUCGAGCAAAAGGCAGAGUCCCUGUGCUGUCAUGGAUUCAUCCAGAAACUCAGGCGACGAUUACUCGUUGCAGCCAGCCACUUGUGGGUCCCAAUGAUAAACACUGCAAAGAAGAUGAAAAAUACUUGCAGACGAUAAUGGAUGCUAACGCGCAGUCUCACAAACUUACCGUCUUCGAUGCCCGGCAAAACAGUGUCGCCGAUACCAACAAGGCAAAGGGUGGAGGAUAUGAAAGUGAAAGUGCUUACCCGAAUGCGGAACUAGUGUUCUUGGAGAUCCACAACAUUCACGUGAUGAGAGAAUCACUGCGUAAAUUAAAAGAGAUCGUGUACCCUUCGAUCGAUGAGGCGCGGUGGCUAUCCAACGUGGAUGCGACACAUUGGCUGGAGUAUAUAAGGAUGCUUCUCGCUGGGGCAGUGAGAAUUGCUGACAAAAUAGAAUCUGGGAAAACGUCCGUGGUGGUGCAUUGCAGCGAUGGUUGGGACCGAACAGCCCAGCUGACGUCUCUGGCUAUGCUGAUGCUGGACAGCUAUUACCGUACCAUUAAAGGCUUCGAGGCUCUCAUAGAAAAGGAGUGGAUAAGUUUUGGACAUAGGUUUGCACUGCGAGUAGGCCAUGGCAAUGACAACCAUGCGGAUGCUGACCGGUCCCCAAUAUUCCUUCAGUUUAUUGAUUGUGUUUGGCAAAUGACAAGGCAGUUUCCUUCAGCGUUCGAGUUUAAUGAACUAUUCUUGAUUACAAUCUUGGAUCACCUUUAUAGCUGUCUCUUUGGGACAUUUUUGUGCAACUGUGAACAGCAGCGAUUCAAAGAGGAUAUAUAUACGAAGACUAUAUCUCUAUGGUCUUAUAUCAAUAGCCAACUCGAUGAAUUUUCUAAUCCCUUCUUUGUGAAUUAUGAAAACCACGUGUUAUAUCCUGUUGCUAGUCUGAGUCACUUGGAAUUAUGGGUAAACUAUUAUGUGCGAUGGAAUCCCCGAAUGAGGCCCCAGAUGCCGAUUCACCAGAAUCUCAAGGAGCUGCUGGCCGUCAGGGCGGAGCUGCAGAAGAGAGUGGAAGACCUGCAGCGGGAGGUGGCCACGCGCGCCUCGUCCCCAACUGAGCGGGGCGCCUCUCCUUCCCACUCGGUCACGCCUGUCCACACCUCGGUCUGACAGGCUCCAGAGGUGGCAUUUCUGGUGAGUCCAGCCAUCAAGGCCAUCCUGUGGCUCCACUGCUCUCCCCGGCGACUCAGGCAAGGGUCUCGCGACCCGUUCUGGCUGGAGCUUGUGAUCUUGUCUUUUAGGAUUAGGCCCAGUGCCCUCCAUGUCUGGAUGGUACUUCAAACCAGUGACCAUGUGUGGGGCUAGGUGACAGCUCCCACUGUCGUCUGUGCUUCGUUUUGUGAACACCCCGUUUCCCUCCUGUCGGGUUGCUCAGGGAGGCUGUCUGUCCCGGUGACCCUGCGACCCGCCUAUUGCCUGGGCAGCUUGGGAGAAACCACAGUGAGUGAAAUGCAGUGCUUAGGUCCAAGAUGGUCUCAUAUCGUUUCUUUCCAAGGUAGACCUUCCAUUAAAACAAACGCCACUUAGAGACCAUGUUGCCAGCCAUGUGACUUCUUUCAGCUCCUUGCUACAACUUCAAAACUGUUUUAGAAUUAACUAUCUGCGGGGAAGACAGACCAUCGCCCUCUUCUCGAGUUCUCUUCAUGCACGGGGGCCCCUGUACCAAUUACUGUUGUGUACAUAUAAGGUAUUUUUAAAAAAAGAGAAACAUGCCUUUAUUUUCCUAUGUCCUUUUUUAUGUUUAGCCUAGUCACCCGAGGAGGGUUCUGCUUAACUGGACUGCGCGAAAUUUUCAAACAAAGCUCAUGCUAACUUUUAUGUAGUACAUCUGAAGUGUGAUUUGAAUAUGGUCAUUUAAAUGGCCACGUGUUCUGUUCUCACCUAACUGGUACUUGCCUCCCGAGGUGGCCCAGGCUGUUGAUGGCAAUAGCAGUUUCCUUCGAGAUGGCCCCGCAGAGGGGAAACUGAGGACUCGGGCAGCUCAGCACUGACCUCCCCGCGGGCUCCUUCAAGGAGCUGUCCCAGCUCCUUGCUGGUCUGACCUUGCAGCCUCCCGUGUGUUUACUGCUGCCGGCCAUUUUGUCAAAACGAGUCCGCUCUCACCCUGUUACUGUCCGAAAUAAUCCCAUUUUAUCGAGACCCCUUCAGCUCGGUUUAUCCAUGCGACUUCCGGUCAAUAUUUUAAAGCACCCACUGUGCUUGCUGUAGCUUCAGUUGCCAAAAGCAUAGCACGCCCUCCCCUUGGUUUGCCCGUCUCAGAGCCAACUUUUGCCAGCCAGGUUUUGCCCCUUCCCUCACUGACUUCGGGCUCUGGGACUCCGUCAGUAGGGGCAGGACUAAUUUGCAGUCAGCUGGUCCACCCACUAGCACUUAAGCUCUGAGCUCCUGUGGCGUGUCACAGAAUCUUGCAUACUUGCGCCCAGCACAGCAGGGCACACGCAUGUCUGCCAGUCACUGGGUCCCCCAUCGCUGCAGGAAUUAAGCUUGCCUUUUGAGCGCGGGGCGGGGUCUCAGAAGCUCAUAGGGUCAGACCCGAGUACAGCUGCACUAGAAUAUCCGGUUGGGUUCAAAUUACUGGAUGCCAUGCAAAGUCCUACAUAUUAACCUUAUUUUUGAAAAUAUAUUCUUAAAGGUUUUUUACAAAUACUUAGAGAAUAGAUGUCUUUUCAACUUGGAACUUUCUGAUAAAUGAUCUGGUAUCCCUAAGGUAUCAGAAGUACUUCAAAGUAAUUUGAUCACCUAAAAUGAAGUCUACAUUUUUAUCAAGUAGGGAUUUGUUUCUAAAUCAAUUUAUUUAAUAUUAGCUUUUGAUGUAUGCUCCCAACGUAUCUGAUACCUUAUUUAUUAAUGGAUAAACCUGCUUAUUCAUUGAUACGAUGAAUUUUUAAAUGGGAACAGUUCCCAUGUUUCCCCAGAAAUAUCCCUUAAUCCGCCCCGCCCCCCCGGCCCCCGCCAGCUGCACUAAGACUAUUAAACUUCGUGUAGACUGGAAGAUGCUUUUGACAGAACCAGAAAGCGAGUGGGCUGCUUCGUGCCGACGCCAGCCAGCCUGGCGCUGGGGAGGCGGGGCUGCCCCACCCUCCCCUGCAUGCUGGGCCCCCGGAGGAGCCCUAAAAUGUCCCAUUCCAUAGGAAAGCAGCACAACAAUCAUUUUCCUUUCUAUGUUCCUAGCACAGAACUGUUUCUAAAAGAACUAGAAGUAGUUUUGUUACCUAAGUACUUUUUUUUUUUGGUUUUAUUUAAGUGUACUAGAAUGUAAAACCUUUAUGGGUCAGAUUUUUAAAAACUGGUACAGUAUCGUAUUUGCCUCAUCUGAUGUACUAUAUUUCAACCUAAUUAAAAUGAUAAUAUGUUUGC